GUUUUCAACACUCACUCUUAAUAACCUGUGUAAUUUCGCCAAUUCCUUUGCCCAUCCCACCAGCCACUGCCCACCACAACCUCACACGUGACUGUAAUCCUCCAAUGAGUGCCACGACUCCCACCGCAUCCGGUAAUUCCGCCGAUACUUCCAUAUCUACAAAACUAACCGCCACAGCCUCCAGUACCGCGGAAGAAUGCCAUUUGUUCGUUCUCAUCCACGGCUUGUGGGGCGGGCCCAAACACUUGUUGACCAUCGAAAAGUGUAUCAAGGAGUUGCUUUCCAAAAAACUGGACAAAAAAAUUGUGGUUUUAAGGCCUUCUGGAUUUCGUUUCUGGAAAACCUACGAUGGAAUUAAGAUCUGUGCCGAAAGAGUCUUGCUCGAGAUGUUCUACGAGAUUGAGACCUUGAAGAAAAACAACCUUAUUGUGAGUGACAUCUCGGUGAUUGGAUACUCACUUGGAGGUUUGAUAGGACGUUAUUUGAUUGGGAUCUUGGAGGAUAUAGGUUUUUUUCAGUACGUCACCCCCGUAUUCUACUCGAGUUUCGCCACCCCCCACGUCGGCGUGGAGUUCUUCCACGACCGGAUAUUCGAUAGAACCGCAAACACCCUAGGAAAGUUUCUCUUGGGAAAAAGUGGAAGAGAGUUGUUCAUGGCCGACCACGACCAGUUGCUCAAGAGUAUGGCAGAGCCCGGUUCUCGGUAUUUCAAGGGUCUUUCUCGGUUUGAGAAGAGGACCUUGAUGGCCAAUAUCCAGAACGACCGGACAGUUGCAUUUUUCACGUCCUAUAUCACUGAAUAUUCGCCUUUUGACAAAUUUCAUGUGGUCAAAGUCAAGUACAUAAAAGACCUCCCCAAAAUGAGAAUAGGAAAUGUCUACGUGCGUGGUAAGUUUGUGGACUUGAAACGAACGCACUUUGUAGCGGACUCUUCUAAGAGUAAUGCUAAUUCUCAGGAAGAAACCAGUGUCACCAGAAGCAGCAAACUAUACAAAGUGCUCAUCAUUUUGUUCGGAUCGCUCUUCUUCUUGCCCAUUUGGGUCCCCACCAUCUGUACCGUCAGUUUGGUCACCUCACUCUACAGCAUGGUCAAAAUCAGAGUAUUGCGGUAUCCAGAAUAUAACGAACAUUGGGCCCGGGUAAAGGACGGGGUUUAUGGAUCCAAGCCUAUCAACGAACAGGACUUGAAGAUCGGAACCCAGAAACGAAGCCAAAGAGCCAGGUUACAGACGCAUGAAUCUUUCAAAGGUGAUACUUCUGAAAUCACCGAAAAUGCCAUGGAGCGAAUGCUCUAUGUGGAAGAUAGGUUCAUGGGAGAUGCCCAAAAUGCCCAGGUAGAGGAGGAUAAUGCCGGUGACCAGGACCUUGCAGUCAAAGCUGACCAAGAACAAGAAGAUGGUUCUAACCACUUGACCUUCAACUUUAUCAGUGAUUAUGAAACUGAUAGUGAAGACGCUGCUCCGCCCUUGGAGAGUCUCUCUACUGCCGAACAAAUCAACCUUAUGUUCAGCCGGAAGAAAAAGUUGUUUGAAAUGGAUCCCAAUCUUCACGAUGAGUGCAUUAGAGUCCAUCAAGACCAAUUAUCGUCAAUGGAUACCAAAGGCUACCCCGUUUUCGUCAAGGAACACCGUUUGCCUUUGAACGAUGACAAGCGGUCGGUGGUGGAAAACUUGAACUCUAUUAACUGGGUCAAGCUUCCUGUUUACCUCGAUGCUUGGAACGCACAUGACGGAAUUGUUGCUAGAAGAGGUCCCAGAACCAAUCCCAAGGGUACUGCCACCAUUGCGUUGUGGGUCAGUGUGUUGCGGGAGCACUUGGACCAGCGGCAGUCUACCGCCAGAGUAUAAUAGUAAUUCUCUGGUGGGUAAAAAAAUGUAUGUAUUUCUAAAAUAGCCAUGGUAUUUGCCUACUGCGAGUUUUCGCAGCCAUAUCAUAUUACACUAAUUAUGACAGCACAACUUAUUCCUCUCUCAACCCGUGACAACUCUCUGACAACAGCUCUAUAAGAAUUACCAGUGGCAAAUCAGUGUUUCUAGGUGACCUGAUCAUUGGGGUCUGGAAAAUAUCGUAUGUCCCCGACUUUUCACCUUCAAG